AUGCCUAACGGCUCAGGUUUCCGCUCCAUCUCCGUGGAGGCGCCGAUCAUGCCCCCCAGCGGCAGCCCGCACUCCCUGUGGCACUCGCCCGUGCCCUACCUCUUCGUUUGCCUCGGGUCGAUGACCGGCCUUAUCGCCUUCGCCAUGCUUGUCCUCGCCUACUCUCAUCGGAAAUUCGCCUCCUCCCACUUCGAUUCGGCCGCCGGAAGGGACUACGACGAAGAAAAUCUUCGCGAUGACACAGCCUUGGACGACGGACGCCGCCUCGUCAUCAUGGCCGGCGACCGCGUGGCCACCUUCAUUGCCGUCCCAAUUUCCCGUGCCGAUGCAAACUCCCAUGACGACGGCGAGGGUUCGCCGGAGGAGUCUGCUGUGACUUUACAAAUUUAUGUUCGUACUCAACAAUCCGACAUGCCGACGUGGGAGACGAUGGAAGACAAUUGCUAG